ACCCGGCCCCCCGAGCCCAGCUCGCCAUCCCACGCAGGCCGCGGGGCCCCCGCGGAAUCCGCCGCCCGGGGGUCCCUGCUGCCCGCCGCCGUCUCUCCGCAGGCUCCGCUGGGAUCCCAGGGCUGGCUGCGGGAGCCGCCGCCGCGCCAGGACCCGGCCGGCCAGGAGGCGAUGCUGCGGGCGCUGGACGCGGGGCUGGAGCGCUGCCUGGCGCUGCACUCGGCCGUGCAGUGCAUCCCCGUGCCCCGGCACAGGAAGCUCUCGGGCAAGGCGGGCAUUGAUGAGGUGAUGGCAGCCGCGGUGCUCACCAGCCUCUCCGCCAGCCCGCUGGUGCUCGGGCACCCACCGGCCACUCAUGCCCCAGAGCCUGGCAGCGAGGUCUGGAAGGAGGCUCCUGCCAUGUCCUCCAGCUGCAGCAGCAGCAGCAACACCAGUGGGGACUGGAGCUGGGACCCCUCCAGCGACCGAUCCACCCCCUCCACCCCCUCACCCCCCCUCUCCAGCCACGUCCCCAGCACCUUCCUGCCUGGCCCACUGCCGGAUGAGGGCCCUGAUGAGCCCGACGGCACCCACUUCGUCUUUGGAGAGCCCACCCCACGGAAGAGGAAGAACUCCACCAAGGUGAUGUUCAAGUGCUUGUGGAAGAGCUGCGGCAAAGUCCUCAGCAGCUCCUCAGGGAUGCAGAAGCACAUCCGAACCAUGCACCUUGGCCGGAAAGCCGACCUGGAGCAGAGCGAUGGCGAGGAGGAUUUCUACUACACGGAGCUGGACGUGGACGUGGACGCGCUGACUGAUGGGCUCUCCAGCCUCACCCCGGUCUCUCCCACCUCCUCGGUGCCUCCCGCCUUUCCCGGUCCCGAGGCUCCUCUGCUGCCGGCGCUGCCGACCCUGGAGCUGGCCCUGGCCUCCCCCUGCAGCCCCCCGGGCCCCCCCGGCCGCUGCCACGUCCACACUGACCACGCGUACCAGGGCUGCCGGACCCCCCCACGGCCACCAGUAUCCCCCACUGUCCCCACCCCGCCACCACCCAAGCCACCGGCCGUGCCCAGGCGGCCGCGGGGGGAGGCCAAGAAGUGCCGCAAGGUGUACGGCAUGGAGCACCGGGAGAUGUGGUGCACGGCGUGCCGCUGGAAGAAGGCCUGCCAGCGCUUCCUCGACUGA